UUGAAAAAUAAAACGUCACGCAGCGCAUCGAAAUAAUCAUUCCAAUAUGCCAAAGACAAGGAAUACUAAGAGGAUAUUAAAACUGCAAUUUCCUGACGACAUAACAAUUCGAUAAAAUGCGGCUUGACGGAAGAUCUGAUAACUUUGAAGAGACAGAUAUUGAUCGCCAUGACAACCGAACACAUCAUGAAGAGAGAUUGUCCGAAAGAGGGCGUUACGGAUCAGUUGAGAUCGAAAUAGACACGAAAGGUCAAAUAGACAAACAGAAAAAGCUGUGUGGAUUCGUGCCUUGGUGGGUGAAAGGAGAAUUCAUCGAAGUGUUCAAUCUCAGCUGGACCAUGAUGGUGGUGGUACUGAUUUAUACCUUCAUCCCUCCGAUGAGUCUGAUCUUCAUGGGACAACUCGGCACGAAAUAUCUCGAUGCAAUUGGAUUAGGGAACACGAUCAUGAACAUAAGCGGAGUCAGCGUUGUCUCAGGUUUGUCUGUAGCAUGUGAUACAGUGUUUUCUCAAUCGUUUGGAAGCCCAAAUAAAAAGAUGGUUGGCGUCUACCUGCAGAGAAGUUUUGUGGUGAUCGGUAUCUUUCUUUUCCCCUGCUUAUUCAUCCAUCUGAAUGCCGAGACCCUUCUCCGGCUAAUGGGACAGGAUCCCGAGAUAGCCAGAAUCGCUGGGACGUACUGCAUCUACCUGAUACCAUUCGUACCGUGUGUCUUCGUCUAUUCUGUACUUGGAAAAUACUUGAGGAACCAAAAUAUUAUCUUUCCGUACAUCUGGAUUAGUGCCAUAGGCCUGGCAGUCAAUAUAUUACUCCACUACCUCUUGGUGACUGUAGCUGAACUAGGAGUUCUAGGAUCAGCGAUAGCCCAAGAUUGCUCCUUUUUCGUUCUUGCUCUCACCACCUUCCUAUACAUAAUGAUCUCAAAGUUAUACGUGGUUACAUGGGGAGGCUUCACGUCCGAGGCCUUCCACGACUGGGGGCCGUUCAUGGUGUUGUCUGUUGCUGGGUUGGCCAUGAUCUGCCUUCAGUGGUGGGCCUACGAGAUAGGAACACUGCUGACCGGUCUCCUCGGCGAGGUUCAACUCGGGGCCCAGGCGAUUCUUUUCCAAAUCGAACUAUUCAUGUAUGCGAUCCCUUACUCAGUUGGUAUAGCCUGUAACAUCCGGGUCGGUCAGUUGCUGGGUGCCAACAAUCCCUGGUUGGCAAGACGAUCUUUGGUGCUCGGAUACAUGAUGGUUUGGACACUGGGUCUUAUUGCCAUCAUACUUCUACUCAGCUGUAAAGAUGUCAUUCCAAGAAUCUUUUCCGCAGAUGAGGAAGUCAUCAAGACAACGUCGGAUAUUAUUCCUAUCCUGGCCCUGUACCACAUAUUUGACGGAACUACGGGGACAUCAUCCGGAAUUAUGAGAGGUUGUGGUCGGCAGAACAUUGCGGCUUUCAUCAUAUUCGUGGGUAUUUACAUGAUUGGGUUGCCCAUUGGACUAUCGCUCAUGUUCCUUACGGAUUUGAAAUCAGCAGGUUUCUGGUGGGGACUAACUAUCGGACUUUUCAUUGAGGCCAUCGUCUACAUCAUAGCUGUCUUCAAGACGGAUUGGGAGGGGGAGGCUGAGGCGGCGCAGCACCGAGCGGGUCUCUACCAAAACAAAGAUGGCGACGCAGCUGACUUCACCUCGUCCAAAGAUGAGAGCGACAAAACAGCACUGAUCGAACGGCCACACUCCAAGCAGCUGUCAAACGCCUCCAAGAAGCUCUACUGCGGGGAGUAUGUGUCCAGUCAACCUAACAUAUACCUGUCCAGCAAAACCCUCCAGGCGUCAGAAAAACUCUCCACGCGAGAGCUUAUCUUCCGGAGAGUUAUCACAUUUCUAGUGUUCUUCUCGGUAUUCCUAAUCGGACUCUUCUGCCAUUUUCAUUUCUCAAACACGAUAGUUACGACAUUUUCAGAACUCUGUUUACCUUACAACACCACCUGGCAGCCGGAGAAUAUAAACAUGACUGACGUCAUUUCCGGGAAUUUGUCUAUGCCAAUUUGUAACUCAACGACUGAUGUGAAUAGAGGAGUGUCUAGAGCAAUACAACCCUUGCAUUUUUGACGGGAUUGGUAGGACCGUGAUAACCGGUAUCACGAUCUGGCCAUGAUAACAAGUUUUUUGUACAUGUAUAUCAUGUACAGUGGAACCUCCUUUAGUGGAAAACCUCUCUAUUAAGAAAACCUCUCCAUUCAGGACACUUAUUUUGGUCCAAAUUGGUUGUUUCCAUUCAUUUUGACCUCUCUAAUCAGGACACCUCUCUAUAAAGGACAGCACCCGGGGGUAUCCUUAAUAGAGAGGUUCUACUGUACAUCAUUCUGUCAACAUGAUGUACUGCAACACAGCCACCUGUGAUUGAAGCAGAAUUAGAACGCUUUGAUGGCCAAUUAGUUUUGCGGAACACACAAUUGUACUUAUUCUUAAACCAAAAAUACGGCGUCAUGAUGAUUGCCGUUUUGUUGUGCCGAGUUAUUACAGGAUGGCGGUCGGAUUCGCACUCACGUAAACUGAAAAAGUAUUCAGCGGAACUUUACCUUAUUACACCAGUAUUAGCGUUUGGAGAAAUGAACAAUCCCAAACACCCGCCGUUUGUUCAGUGUACAUUAAUCUGUCAGUUGCUAAAACUGCCUUACACAGAGUUAUCACUAAAAUAUAUCCAAGUAGAUCGAAGAAUAUCCCUCUGCCAGCAUAGACUUUAACUACACUAAUUAGUCACAGGCGUUUGAAAAUCGAUCAAUCAAUUCGCAAAUUGCUUCAUAAUUAAAACCUGGAUAAUAAAAGAGUUUGCA